AACCAAUAACCCAAUUGAAUCCAAAAAUGGUAGCUUCUCUUUCCUUUCAUUCCAUCGCCACCGUCAAUAAUAUCUACUCCGGCGGUGCUGGCCGUUCAAUCUCCCGGCGUAGCUGCCAAUUCAGAGCAACUGGAGUGAGUUGCAGGGGACAGAAUCCUACUAACGAGCCACAGACAAGUAAAGAACCCGAGCCGGACAAUGUUCUACUCAAAAUUGCUUGGUAUGGAUCUGAGCUACUAGGAAUCGCUGCUUCCGUAUUCCGAUCUCCGGAGACUUCUCCGACUGUGACAGGCUUUGAGGUUCCGGUUGAUUGUUCGGGAAGAGCCGUUCGUGUAGCUGUCGUGGAUUCGAUUAAACAAGACUUCAAACGAUCGUAUUUUGUUACAGGGAAUUUGACGCCGGAGGUUUAUGAGGAGAAGUGCGAAUUCGCCGAUCCGGCUGGUUCCUUCAAGGGUCUUGCUCGUUUCAAAAGGAAUUGCACUAACUUCGGAAGCCUAAUCGAGAAAUCGAAGAUGAAGCUCAUGAAAUGGGAGAAUUUCGAGGAUAAAGGAGUUGGACAUUGGAAGUUUAGCUGUGUCAUGUCAUUUCCAUGGAAACCCAUUCUUUCAGCAACUGGUUACACGGAGUAUUAUUUCGACGCAGAAUCCGGAAAAAUUUGCAGGCACGUGGAGCAUUGGAAUGUCCCUAAGAUUGCUCUGUUCAAGCAACUUCUGAGACCCAGCCGUGGAUUAAUGGGGACACAAAACUAGCGGAUGAAGUAUGAUGUCAAUUUCAAAUUAGAUUUCUAAACAGUAAAUAUAUUAAACUUCCUUCUCAAACUAAUAUGUAUUAGAGAUCUGUAUUGAAUAUUAAACUUCCUUCUCAAACUAAUAUGGGGAUACUCUACUAUUAGAGAUCUGUAUUGAAUCUA